AUGGUAGUGAAAGGGAAUGAAGUGACGGAUGUCACGACCAAAGCAAAGGGCCGAAUGGAUCUUGAAAAGCCACGGAGAAAGGGCUUCGUCCGAUGGACAAUCGGACUUAUCGUGAGGCUAUGUAUCUGGUACGCACUCUUGACGCCAUUUUUCAGGUGCCCAACCCAUCUCGAAGACCUCACAGAGACAUCACCUCGAGUCUGCAAGCCCUACCUGAUUGCUCGUUCACACGUGGAACCUUAUGUGACGCCAUAUUAUGAUAUUUAUGCGGCGCCUUACGUUGAUCAAGCCCGGCCUUACGUGAAAGUUUUUAAUCAGCGAGUUUAUACCCCUGCAUCAAAAUUUACCAAAUCAGGAUAUGAGAAGUAUGGAGCGCCGACAUUGAAGCAAGCUCAGGCAUAUGGGAUUGAGCAAUGGGAACAUCAAGUCUCACCAAGACUACGGACUGCUCAAAAUAAGGUUCACCAGGUUUACUUAGCCAAGAUUGAUCCCCACGUCCAGCAAAGCGUUGAUGUUGUCUCUCCAUACUGCCAAUGGGCCAGCACCGUUGUGCUCAAUGUCUAUCAGGGCCAACUGGUCCCUUUCUACGCGCGUUCAAAACCUUUCAUCGGGAAAGUUUACUCCACCGGCCAGGGUAUUUUGGCAACCCAUGUCAUGCCCGGGGCGCAGUAUACCUGGUCAUCCGCGAUCUACUUUGCUAACAGCUCACUAUGGCCUCACGUUACUGGUCUUUACUCUGAACAAGUGGAGCCCCAGCUCGUCAAGAUUGGGCAGCGAUUGGCAAGCUACAGGGAGGGCAAGCGACUUCGCGCUGUCAUAGAGGACGUGGAUAGUAGCUCAACAGUCCAGCCCGUUAGCUCUUUGACUACCAAGUCACAAGAACAAAUCCACACUUCGACCACUAUGACUUCAACCUUCACGCCCCAGGCUUCCGUCCAACCCACUCUAACUCCUACCGAGCAAGCCCAGCAAGUCCGCGAGGAGAUAGAUUCGGACCUUUGGCGGUGGCAGGAAAGAUUUUCUCUCGCGGCCGAUAAAGGUAUUGAAGACCUUGAGGGACGUAUUGGGGAGAUCGUGUCCGCCCUGGUUGCAAGCAGCGCGAACACCCAUGGCCAGAGCCUUUCUACCGCUCUUCAGUCGGUUUCAGCCGAGCAGAUUUCCUCCAUGAAACAACGCAUCAAUGAACUUGCGGGUUCAAUGCCAGAGGUGGACGCCCCGGAGAUCGAGAAGUCUACUAGCGACUUGCUGAUUCGGGAAAUCCGAACUUCUGCUAUCUCUGUGAGAGAUCGCGCCCAUGCACUCCGAGAGUGGUCUAUCUCGUUCGAGGACGAACUCGUUCGCCGAGUCACUGCUGCUGUCAAUUCGACAAUAGAUGUUCUCGACAGCAUUCGCAAUCUAGGCUUACAAGAAAUUGGCAUGCGCUGGGCGUGGAUGGAUGGUGUCACAUACAAGGAUUGGGCAAAGUACCAUGCCCUCAAAGCCCAACUCGAGGAAUGGCGUAACGACAUCCGAAAUGUCGGCAUGAACCACAAAUCCGUAUCUGACGCCAGAGCCGUGGCGAGUGAUAUCUUAGAUCAAGGCAUGCAUGAAGCCGAACAAGCUGCCAGGGAACUUGUUCGGUUAAAGGAUGUUGGGAUCUGGAAGAUCGCGGCUCGUGAAGUAAGCGAUCAUUUUGAAACUCGCACCGAAGCCCCGCCAACAAGGCCCAAGGCCCAAGAAGAGACCGAGGAAUCUGACGAAGAAGCUGCCAAGAUGGUUUUCGGUAACGAUGAGUCUUCCGAAGAGGUGGCAACACCAAUAUCGGAUGACGCUUACGAGGAAACCCCCUUUACCGAUGAGCCUUCCGCGGCUGUCAAUGCUGAAGCGGACUUUGAUGGCGUUAACGAGUCUGUUAUGGACGAUGAUAUUGUGGUGGAAAACCAGCCCUCCGCAAGACCCGCCUUUGGUGUUGCGGCUGCAGAUGCAAAUUUGCAUCAAGCGCCUAUCCUAGAUGAUGAGAGCCACAAUGUCCAGGACAGUCUGGCAAGUAAGGUUGGCGAUACCUACGCCGGGGCCAGCGAUGCUGUUAGCGAAGCUGUCUAUGGUGCAUCGACGACCAACGGAGUCGGUGAGAAGGUAGCAUCAUUGGCCAGUGAACAGUACUCUGUUGCUUGGUCCGCCGCCUCUACCGUUAUCCAUGGCACCCCUCUCAGCCCUGUCGAAAAGGUUUACAGCGACGGCUCUGAGAAAUAUAGCGAUGCUGUAGCCGCUGCGUCGUCCGUCAUCUACGGCACCCCAACACCGGUUGUCCAAUCUUUGAUGGACGGAGCCAGCUCAACAUUUGCUGAUUCCACACAUCAGGCUAAAGUACUCUAUGAGAUCGCGAAGUCUCAAGUUCUUAGCCGAAUAGCCGAAUCUAGCGCUCCUGUUCAUGUCCAGAUUCUCGCUUCCAUAGAGUCGGCCUAUUCCGGGUCUCUAAAAUACGCCACAGAUGAGCUGGAAUCGAAGCUCCGCAGUGUUCGUGCUACCCCGACACCAUCCAACGUCGGACCUCUGGCCCAUAUCUCAUCCAUUGCGUCUUCCCGGCUAAGCCAUGGACUCAGCUUAGCAUCUGAACAAUUAGCUCGAGUGCAGCCACCAGCGACAACAGCCAGUAUUCCUCAGGGCGGUCUCGAGCCAUUCGUCCUUGAUGCGCAGCGUCGCUACUACGAGGCAGUCGGGUUGGCCCAUGACCACUACUCUGUCUUUGUCUCUACGGCAUCCGAGGCGGUCUAUGGUUCUCCAACCCCCACACCAGCCGGAAGCUCUAAGGGGAUCAUUGAGGAAGCAGGAUCUCAAUACGAGCAUGUGUCCUCGUUAGUUUCUGCCAGCCUUGCCGCUGUCGUCGCAUCUGCAAGCUCGGUCAUGUCUUCCGCAGAUGGCGGCAAAGCACAAAGUAUUGUUGAAGAUGCUUCAUCCCGAUACAAUGCUGCCCUCUCUGCGGCUUCUUCGUCUCUCUCUGUGGCUUCCAUUUCCGCUAGCUCUGUCAUCCACGGAACCUCCACGGGCCCUGUAGAGUCCCUUUAUAGCCAAGUACCUGAAAAAUGGGAAAGCCUCAUCUCGAAAGCCAGUGAGCAGAUUUAUGGUGCGCCAACGCCGUUUCUGCAGCAAGUGGUGAAUAAUGGGCGUCCGCAGUUUGAGGCAGUCCAAGGGCUUGUCUCUGAACUGAUUGCGGGCAAGCAACCUUCAUAUACGGAGAGUGUGCUGAGCAAACUGAGAGCCGCAUAUGAGACGCCGUACCCGGCUGUCGCUUUCUCGUCUGCCUCUAGCUACGUUAAUGAGGCUUAUGGAUCUGCGUCCUCCGUCGCUGCUUCUGUUAUUUCAGAAGCCCCGAGCGUAGAGGACAUCAUACAACACGCGAAUAACCAACUCCGUGCUGCUGUCGAAACCGCCAGCGUUGGUAUCUACGGAACCCCCAAGGGUUCCUACGAGAAAGCCACUGAUGCCGCAGCUGAUGCGUACUCAACAGCAUCGGCUCAGAUCAUUAGCGCAGUUUACGGCAAGGAAUCGAGUUACCUCGAUGUCGCUAAGGAUGCCAUUGAGAAUAUUCAAUCUACAGCCAGCGCUGCUAUCUACGGCAAGGAACCCAGCGCAGUGGAGAGUGCAGCUAUUCGUCUCGCUAGAGCCAAAAAGGACGCCAUGUCUCAGCUGGCUGAUCUAGCCGCCAAUCUACCGGCUAGCAACGUUAUCUUCGAGGCAGUCGAGACCGCCACAGCCCACCUUAAAGAUACAACAAGCAGCAUCAAGAGUUCCGCAGUUUCAGUCAAAGAUGAACUUUGA